AUGGCCGACUAUUACGAUAUUGAAAAAGAAAAUAUAGAUCAGGAUCCAACAAAAAAAGACGGCGAAAAAAAUGAUGGUGAAAUAAAAGAUACAUUGGGUGAUGAACCAAAAAAUAAAAAGACAGAUUUCUUUAAGCAUGAGGAUAAACCGAAACAUAAAAAGGUUGAUUUCUUUGGAAAAGAUGAUGAGACUACAAAUAACAAGACGGAUUUCUUUAAACAUGAAGAUGAACCGAAACAUAAAAAGGUUGAUUUCUUUGAAAAAGAUGAUGAAAUUGAAAAUAGUAAGACGGAUUUCUUUAAACAUGAAGACGAACCAAAACAUAAAAAGGCUGAUUUCUUUGAAAAAGGAACGAAAAAUAAAGCAUUGGAUUUCUUUCAAAGAGAAUAUUGA